AUGGGUUUAAAAAUUGUUCACAAUACAUUAAAUAAAAGUAAAGCAUUAUUCGGGUUACUACAAGGAACUUGGACUCGUAUAUAUUCUUGGUCUAUGGUAUUCAACACUUUAAAAUCUACCCAAAGUGUUGAUAAAGUUGUGAAAACUCCUCCGCUAAAGAACCAAGAACCAAAGAAACCACUGUUUAGUCUACCACCAAAAACUGAAGCUAAAAAUGUUUCGCCAGUGUGCCGUGGUAUUAAAAACCAAGGGGCAACUUGUUAUUUAAAUUCUUUCAUCCAAGUCAUGUUCCAUACGCCGGAGUUUCGUAACGAGUUGUUGGAACUGACAUUCCCUAAUGAUUCCGGUGACGACAAUUGGUUUAACGUAGCUUAUCAACUUCAAAGGCUUUUUGUAGAACUACUUAGACCUGACACAUCGUCAGUGAAGACUAAAGACUUAACAAAAAGUCUUGAUUGGACUCAGGAGGACACAGAUAUCCAGCAAGACGUCCAAGAGUUUGGUCGAUUUUUUUUGGGCAUCUUGGACGAGAAGUUGCAACUUACAUCGUCCGCUAACAUUAUUAGUAAUCUAUUUAGUGGCAAGUAUAAUGUAUUUACUAUAAAAAUGAACAUGACUGUUUUUUUAGACUUGAUUAGUAUUUUAUUAGAUCAUCGUGUUUACUAUUCAUUAUCAUGUUUCAGGCAUUCAGGUCGAAUACCUUAA